AUAUAUCCAAGAGAUUGACGAGCUGAUGGUUAUGCAAUCGCUCGGAAGAUUCUAGAAAUCUAGCAAGAAUUAAGUGCUUCAGAAACCCAGAAGAAGGUUUUGAGGGGAAACAAGAACCAUCUCCAUCUAUUGAUUGUGAAGCACCCUGAGAGAGGCUCAGAGAAAUGGUGGCACAAAUAUUCCUACUGGUGAUAUGCUUCAUCUGCCUCAAGCAGUAUGCCAAAGGGGAAUUCCAACAAAGUCUAGCCAUCACAGACAUUCUGCCGGAGGAUAUCAAACGAUAUGACAAGAUGCGACCCCCCAAAAAGGAGGGCCAGCCCACGAUAGUAUAUUUCCAUGUGACGGUAAUGGGCCUGGACUCCAUCGAUGAGAACUCCAUGACCUAUGUGGCGGAUGUGUUCUUUGCCCAGACCUGGAAGGAUCAUCGCCUGCGUCUGCCCGAGAACAUGACCCAGGAGUAUCGUCUGCUGGAAGUCGAUUGGCUGAAGAACAUGUGGCGUCCAGAUUCGUUUUUCAAAAAUGCCAAGUCGGUCACCUUCCAGACGAUGACCAUUCCCAAUCACUACAUGUGGCUGUACAAGGACAAGACGAUCCUGUACAUGGUCAAGCUGACCCUCAAGCUGUCGUGCAUCAUGAAUUUUGCUAUCUAUCCGCACGACACCCAGGAGUGCAAGCUGCAAAUGGAGAGCCUAUCCCACACCACAGAUGAUUUGAUCUUCCAAUGGGACCCCACAACUCCUCUGGUGGUGGACGAGAACAUAGAGCUGCCACAAGUGGCACUUAUACGCAACGAAACGGCGGACUGUACGCAGGUCUAUUCCACGGGUAACUUCACCUGCUUGGAGGUGGUCUUCACAUUGAAGCGGCGUCUCGUGUACUACGUUUUCAACACCUAUAUACCCACCUGCAUGAUCGUGAUCAUGUCGUGGGUGUCCUUCUGGAUCAAGCCAGAGGCGGCUCCUGCCAGGGUCACGCUCGGGGUCACUUCCCUCCUCACACUCUCCACGCAACACGCCAAGUCGCAGUCCUCGCUGCCGCCUGUCUCCUACCUGAAAGCCGUGGAUGCCUUCAUGUCCGUCUGCACGGUCUUCGUGUUCAUGGCUCUCAUGGAGUACUGCCUGAUCAACAUUGUCCUGAGCGACACGCCCAUACCCAAGCCCAUUGCCUAUCCGCCCAAGCCGGUGGCUGGUGAGGGGGCCGCCAAAAAGGAUCCUGAAUCGGGCGCGGCCGGGGGAGGAGGUGGUGGCAAUCCUCCUGCGGGCAGUAAGCCCACUAUGCUGCCACUGGCCGAUGAAAAGAUGGAGAAAAUUGAAAAGAUAUUCGAUGAGAUGACCAAAAACAGGAGGAUUGUGACCACCACACGCCGUGUGGUGCGACCGCCCCUGGAUGCCGAUGGUCCCUGGAUACCCCGCCAGGAGUCGCGUAUCAUCCUGACGCCUGGCAUCGCUGCUCAUCCGCCGCCACCGCCGCCGCCGCCAGUGGAGCCGGAACUGCCGAAGCCCAAGCUGACGCCCGCCCAGGAGCGGCUCAAGCGGGCGAUCUACAUCGAUCGGACAUCGAGGGUCCUGUUUCCGGCGCUCUUUGCCAGCCUCAAUGGCAUCUAUUGGUGUGUGUUCUACGAGUAUCUGUAAUAUGUGACAGACACUCCUCUCAGUGUCCUCCUGGUCCCCCUCUCUCUGUACAUAUGCUCGCUCUUAAACGUUGAUUGUUCGCAUAUAUAUCGCAUAUAUCGUAUAUAUACAUAUAUAUCUCUUAAAUCUUAAGCUUUCAGGCGCACAGAAGCUUUAAGUCGUAUGAAUUUUAAAACAUAGACAAAAUAUUGUUGAAAACACCACACACACUCUGAAGAUAUGAAUAAUAUUGGUAUUAUUAUUAAUUAUUAUUAUAAUCGAUAAAUAAUACAAUUCCUGCAACAAGCUUCAUGUUUUAGAGAUCCAGUUCCACUGACGUUGUAGCUGCUGUAGAAUUAAGCGGAAAACAUGAUUACUUCUAAUUAAUUUAUGUCUCAAA